CUACACUACACGUAACACGAUUGCUAGUAUCAGAAUGAACCCGUGCGAGCUACCGCCGUGCCCGCCAUGCCCGCCGCCGCCGUACCCGCCGUGCCCGCAGGUGUGCGGGCCGCCGCCGCAGCCCCCGCUGCCGCCGUGCCGGCCCAAGCCCACCAUGCGCGGCCUGCACUGGGCUCAGACUAAGCGCAAGAUAUUCCAGGCCUUAGUGCUGAGUGCUAUAGCUGGGACACUGGUCUACACACUUGUUGGUUUGAAACGGAGAGAGGCCUACAGGGACUUCUAUGAGUAAGUUAAGAAUUCCUCACACAUAAUAGUAAAACAAUUAACCAGCUUGGUGAAUACGGGGAUGGCAUAUGCAUAAGAAAAACUUAUAGCAUGGUAAAAAAUUAAAAUGUAUUGUAAAUAUUGUAAUGGACUUGUGGGCUGAUUUUGACAAAACUAGUGAUGACUUGCAAUUAUUUUAAUUAUAUAUCAAUAAAUAUUGAGAAUUCCUUAACAUGGAGAUAUGACAGGUGAU